UCGAGGCCAAAUUGCAAAUGCGAUGGAAACGCGUUUGUUUCAAGAAUUGGAAAGAUGCAAGUAUCACCACUUACUUAUUCAUGGACCUCCCAAAAGUGGAAGGACGUCGCUGCUGUUUCAGUUGCUGCUGAAUGUGGCACGUCAGGGAAAGAGAGUGCUGAUGUAUUCGUUUACACAGUUCGAUCGUUUGCCGUUGCUGGACUGUGAUUCAGCUCAACCUGCAGUGCAUACUCUAAAAUACGUCACCAUCAUGUAUCCAAGUAGCGCUGAUGAGCUGCUUCGAUUGCUUGCUUGCAUGCACACUGAAGACAAGGAACUGCUGCCUUGUUUGAUAGCAAUAGAUGAUGUAGAGUCGUUUGUCCUGCAUAAACAGGGACACGAGCAGUUGGCUUUGUUGGCAAAGAUUCUAUCAUAUGCCGUGGAUGCAGCAGAAUUCGUGUCAACAGCAAAGGCAGGCAGUAGAGAUAGAGGUGUGGACUGUAAUCUACUUGUCACAGCAGCAACAAGACCGUCGGGACCUGCACCAUCUGUUUAUGGGCACUGGUUUCCUUUUACUGCUCACAUUCAAGAGAUGGCAGCAAGCGGCAGCAACAAGUUUCAAGUAGUGUGGUCAAAGUCAUUUACUGACACCAUUGGACAUGAGAGUACAACUAUCCAACUGGGAUCAUAUUCGUUGCAUCCAGAUGGUUUACUUUGGGAUCAGAGUCAUGAUCAAAGAGUUCCGUGAUGUCAUCCAAUUUUGGAUGUAAUCUGUAUGAGUUAGUCUAAAGUCAUCUUCUCUGUACUGUAUAUGCUGUGGCUUGCAAGUGUGUAGUUUCGAAUUCUGAAGUAUCAGCAUGUUGGGAAAUUAUUGUUUUAGUUUGCUAGGCAAGCUGUUUACGGUCUGAUUUGUAAUUGACGUUUACUCAAAGAGUUCAAGUUGUAAUUGGCAGCAAAUAUAAUGUACUGUCUUGAUUCUAGUAGUUAUCUUAGAUCUUGUAUACUGCUUGUUCAUAUUUUGUUUUUUCCAAUAUUUUUUCUUUACAAAGUAUGGGGUUGAUGGUGAGUGUGCUCUUUCUUGUAAAAUUUACAUUCUGAAAAUUAA